CGUCCGCCUGGGGCGCGGGGCGGGGCCGGAGGCCGCGGCGCCCCAGCACGUCCCGUCCCGCCGGAAGUGGAGGUGCGGGUCCGGCCGUGGGCUCUGCGCGGCCCCUGCCCGGAUGGCAGCAGUAGUUCUUGGGGGAGACACCAUGGGCCCUGAGCGUAUCUUCCCCAAUCAGACAGAGGACCUGGGGCCACAUCAGGGCCCUACGGAAGGCACCGGGGACUGGAGCGGGGAAGAACCCGAGGAAGAACCGGAGGAGACCGGGGCAGGUCCUGCCGGCUACUCCUACCAGCCCCUAAACCAAGACCCUGAGCAAGAGGUGGAGUUGGCUCCCGUGGGUGAUGGAGAAGACGUAGUGGCCGACAUCCAGGAUCGGAUCCAGGCCCUGGGGCUGCACUUGCCAGAUCCACCAUUAGAGAGUGAGGAUGAAGAUGAGGAGGGAGCGACAGCACUGAGCAGCCACAGCUCCAUUCCCAUGGACCCAGAACACGUAGAGCUGGUGAAAAGGACGAUGGCUGGAGUAAGCCUGCCUGCACCAGGAGUUCCUGCCUGGGCUCGGGAGAUAUCGGAUGCCCAGUGGGAGGAUGUGGUACAGAAAGCCCUCCAAGCCCGGCAGGCGUCUCCUGCCUGGAAGUGACCGUCUCGAGAGCUGCCUUAUCUCCCUACAUUCCAGGCCAGAACCAGCACAGGACUGAACACAUCUCUGGUUGUAAUGUCCAUCUCCACCCUCCCCAUCUCCUUUCCACAUCAAGGCAAAUCAGACUUCUCAGAGACCCACUUUAUUCAGUUCUGUACAUAUGGGGACGUCGGCCCAAGCCCAACCUACCGUAGCAUGUAUCACUCUGUGGAGAAUAAAGCACCCUAUGUACACAGCCAAAAGCC